GAGGGGAGGUGUAAGGUAUCUUGCUCUGAAGGAACUCUCGAAUACUCAUAUCGUGUACCAAGUGAUCAGGAUUCAAGACUAAAGCAGGAGUAGGAUUAUUAAGGAAAAUAGAAAAAACAAAAAUAGAUAAGAAUAAGGCCAAGAAAGACACGUUUAUUUUCCCGAGUGAACUGCAAAGGGGAGAGAGAGAAAAAAAAAACGAAAAUAAAAACCGAGAAACGUGUGUCAGUGUGUCGGUGGAAACUUUUUUUGGUGACCCUGAACGUGUAAGGAACUUGUGUGUGCGUGUGUGCGUGCGAGCCGUGUGUUUUUGUUUUCAUGCAGCUCAGAAAGGAAGGAUUGGAGUGUUGUGUGUGUUGUGUGGGAGACCCGUUAUCUCCACCUCGCCAUCGUGUUAUCUCACCCCUGAUAACAGAUGAGAUCACUACCGGGUGCCGCAUUGAAAUCCCCCGCAGAGCAACGCAGCAGAACGAUGAUUCUUCAAAUGAAUUCUGCACUUCCUCCUCGUAGGUGCAAGAUGAGGACUUACCUGUAAUUACUUGUUCACGUGGCAAGAGUCGGGGGUUGCCCUGAUCUACGCCUGUCCCCCACCCUCCCUUCUCUCUCUCUCUCUCUCUCUCUCUCUCUCUCUCUCUCUCUCUCUCUCUCUCUCUCUCUCUCUCUCUCUCUCUCUCUCUCUCUCUCUCUCUCUCUCUCUCUCUACCUAAUCAUAAUCUAACCGCAGUUUUUUGUCCAAGUCCUUUCACUCUCUUUAUCCUCUCCAUCUCUCCCUCUCUCUCUCUCUCUCUCUCUCUCUUUCCUCAUCAACCCUCUACAUAUCACUCACUUUCCCUUCCCAUCCCUUCACGUCUCUUCCCGUCCCUUCCUUACAGUCACUUUCCCUUCCCGUCCCUUCCAUCCACCUCCCGUCCCGUCCAUUCCCUCCUGCUGUCCUGCAUAUCACUUCGCCUUCCACCUCCUCAUCUGUACCUAGUCAGUCUAUCAUCUCUCUUCCGCCUGUGCCCGUCUGCCUGGAACCUCUCCCUUAGUCAGCUCCAUCAGUCAGUCAGUCACAAGAUGGAGGCAAACGCAGGGGUGGAUAUGGAAGAUUACUGGAAUGAGGUGCUUACUUAUCGCCGUCGCUCAUCCAACUCCACGUGUCAGUCGGAGGAGGAGGGACGAAGCCAUGACGAAGAGGUGGAGUCUGACGAGAAUUUCCUGGAGGGUCUGGGCAUCCCCGUCAAGGAAGACUCGGAACUCUCAGAGGACAACGUGACUCUCAGCAAGUUCCUGGGCACCUUGAACCCCCGUCAGGAGGAGGCCCUGAAGCGGCGUGUGCGGACUGUCAACGCCACCAUCAGGAGAAAGAAGCAGCGUCAGAAGCCAGACAUCAGGAGCUUCUUCAACGCUGACAACUCCAGCACAGGCACACGCAGCCGCAGCGCCACUCCUGACUCCCUUGACUCCGUGUCGCCGCCAAGGACCCCACCAGACCCACAUCCGAAGUCAUGGGUGGACCCUUACCUCAGUCGCUCCAGGGGCUCCCUCGACUCCGGCAACCACUCCCUCGUCACCUCCCCCUCCAUCCCAGGCCCCACCACCUUCCUGCCGGAGACACACCGCCACCCACACACCCACGUCCCCAGGCCCCAUGUUGUCGCCGGCAGGAGACAACUCCCCAGUGAUACACCCUCCAGGAACCAAUGGAUUGACGACCCCGCCCCACACUUGUACCGCGCUCCGUCCCUCGACACACUGCCCAAGGUCGCUCCGGGGAUCACCAAGGGCAAGGAGCUGCGGCGCCAGAGGUCUUACGCCAGGGAUCUCGCCAGGGACGUCAAGAACUUUCACUCAUCAAAGCAAGGCGCCUAUGAAUUCUUCCCAAAGGCCUCCGGAGAUGACCACGAGGUGCAGGUGCUCAACUACCGCUACUUCGGCUCUGUUUACAUCCCCCAUGCCCGCUGCAAGGAGAAGGAGAAGCGCCCGCCCCUCGAGCCCCGCCAGCGCCAGGAUACUGAGGCCGUCACGGACACCAGGCGAGCCUCUAGCGGUGACAUACGGAAGUCCCUCUCAGUGUACCAUCCGAGGGAGGCGCUGAGGGAGGAGAGGGAGAACCGGCCGCUGCGGGAGGACAGGGAGAACAGACAGCGCUCCACCUCCUCUGCAGACCUUGGAUUUAGAGUCGGGAAGCAAGACCCGGAGGAGGAAUUUCCGGAUCUGGUGCUGGAGCCGGGGCGGUGCGGCCAGACGCGGGUAGACUGGCUGGAUGAGGCGGACCUACAGAGGCUCAACUCCCUUGCCCUUCUGGAGCUGGACAUCCUCUUCACCGAGCACCACAUUCACCACCGCUGGAGGAAGGUCAAGAAGAGGAAACACUCCAAGGAAGAGAGCGGGGUGUUCGCGGCGGCCCUGGAGAGUCUGCUGCAGCGGGACAGGACCUUCUUGCCGGAGUCCCCCCUCGAGGCCAGCGUGCCGCUCGUUUUCUAUAAGAUGGCGUGGCAGCUGGAGAGACACGGGCUGCACCAGGAAGGCAUCAUGCGAGUGCCGGGACACAGGUCACAAACGGAACAGCUACGUCGCACUCUGGACUCACACUUCUACAGCGAUCCUGCCACUGCCGACUCAGCCCUCAGGAACGCCACACCAAAUGAUAUCGCUGCCCUUAUCAAGACCUUCCUUAGAGAGCUGCCAGAGCCUCUCCUCACCCACGCCUACACGCCGGCCUUCUACAAGUGCCACCGCAUCCCAGACAUUGGUGAGCGUGUCCUGGCCCUCACAAUGCUGGUGCUGCUGCUGCCCACACCCCACCGAGACACCCUGUACGCCCUCCUGGACCUGUGUGCAAGGGUGGUCACUUACCAGGCCACCAACAAGAUGUCCUUGUACAAUGUGGCAAUGAUCGUGGCGCCCAACAUCUUUCUGCCUCCCAGCCCUCGUCACAAGCUCAACCUGCGCUCUGAGGACAAGGAACAGCAGCUUAACCAUGAGAUGACGUAUGCAAGCAUCACCACACAGCUGACUCAAAUGCUCAUCAAAUACCGUGACGUGCUGUGGACGGUGCCACACAGACUGGUGGCUCAAGUGCGGCGCCAGUACCAAGCUGAGGCCCUCAAGCUGCUCAACACCACACCUAUGCGUCGGCUGCUGUCCCGCAAGAGUAAGGAGACCAUUCAGCGGCCAAUUGAGAAUGAGGUGGACUACCAGGAGGGAAUCUUGAGGGUGUCAGCGCCACAGUUCAACAAGAUCAACUACCCGGUGAAGCUGAACUCUCGUAUGACGGCAGGUGACCUCCUGACCAAGUUUAUCGAGGAGCUCACACUGCUGCCAGAGAACCCUCGUCGUGUGGAGGGGCGGAGGGAGCAGCAGUACAAGCGAUCCAGUGUGGGUGGAGUCAGUGGUUCACCUCCAUCUGGCAAUGCUCCACCUCCCCGCCACCUCCCACCCUCCACUCCCUCCUCCCAGUACCUUGCCUGUCUCCUCAGUGGCUCACUCAAGAAUGCUCUCCAGCAGCACGCACUACACGAGCAGGGAGGAAAUAUCGGUAACCGCCGCCUGGACCCCAAUGCCAAGCUUCUCGCAGUAUACCAGGACAACCCCAAUGCAGAAUUCACAGUCAAGUGCCACCACCUUGGAGGGCAGAGCUCAAGGAGGAAUUCAUAGAGACAGACUUUACAUUGUGCCCUCUCCUUUUCCUUCAGGGUCCUGCUUUAAGGUCACAAUUGUCAGGUGUCUUUCCUGUGGGGGAGCUAGGAGAUGCAAGUGCUCAGAUCUGCUUAUGGAAACUAGUGCAAGAAGUUGUAUAGUAGUAGUAGUAGUAGUCAUAGUAGUAGUGGGUGCCUGUGUUUGUCUUGAACGCUUCCAGAGGCUAUACAGGAAGUUACAGGUUACAGAUACAGGUGCUCAAAUGUAUUUGUGUGGAGAUGAAGUGGUUCUGUGAACUUGCAGAGGAAGUCGUGUAGGAGUAGCUGUAGUGAUGUGUGUCGCUGUGUGUGUGUGUCAUUGUGUGGCUGGUGUCAUGAGUUCUUCCAGAGGCUAUAUAGGAAGUUACGUGACUGCUGGCGUAUAGAGGAAGGAAAUUCAGGACAUGCUAGUCGUCUGUGGUGAAAUGUGACUGAAAAUAAGAAAAGUUUCUGUUUGCCACUAUGGAACUCCCAUUGAAAGAAAAAGGUGAAUGUUAUGUUUAGGAACAAGAUGUCUAUUCUUCUGACAGUUGGGAAAAUGAAACAGUGUGAUAGGUUAGGUGGAAAACAUCAGAUUACAUAAUGAAGCUCGUGUCUGAAAGGUCUUGUCUCUUGUGAACAAAGGAGCAAGGGAACUGAGGGAUAAUUAAGAAAAGGUCUGGAAAGAUACAGAAGAGAGCUGGAAAAGAAGAAUAAAAGAGGAGAAUAAGAAGGAAAUGCAUAGAUUAUACAUGAAGUUUGUGUCUAAAUGCUCUUGUCUAUUAUGAAUGAAAGAGCAAGAGAACAGAAGGAUGAUUAGAAAGAGGUCCAGAAAAAUA